AUGGUAAAACCCAUCGUUAGCCUGGAGUGUUCUCAGGGAAGAAAAAGAAGAAAAUGGCGGAGCGGAGUGUUCGUGGUGGAAGGAGACAUCAACGAUCUUCCCCUCCUCAAGAAACUCUUCGAGCUCGUCCCUUUCACUCACGUCAUGCAUCUCGCUGCUCAAGCCGGCGUCAGAUACGCCAUGGACAACCCUUCCUCCUACGUUCACAGCAACAUCGCCGAUUUCGUCAUCCUCCUCGAGCUCUGCCAAUCCGCUACUCCUCAGACUUCCAUCGUCUGGGCUUCCUCUAGCUCUGUCUACGGCUUGAACACCAAAGUCCCCUUCUCCGAGCAUGAUCCAACUGCUCCUUGCCAGAAAGCCGGCGAAGAGAUUGCUCACACUUGCAACCACAUCUACGGCCUCUCCCUCACCGCCCUCAGGUUUUUCACCGUCUACGGCCCUUGUGGAAGACCUGACAUGGCUUAUUUCUUCUUCACCAGAGGCACCCCUAUUUCCAUCUUCCAAGGCUGAGAAGAGCACAGGAAGCAGUGGUAAGAAGCGUGGUCCCGCUCAGUUAAGGGUGUUCAAUCUGGGAAACACCUCCCCGGUGCCAUUCCAGUGUCUGAUCUGGCGACUAUACUGGAGAGAUUGUUGAAAGUCAAGGCCAAGCGGAACAUGAUGAAGCUGCCUAGGAACGGUGACGUGCAGUUCACGCAUGCUAACAUUAGUUGGGCUCAGAGAGAGCUGCCACCGCGGAUCUGCAUACUGGUCUCAAGAAGUUUGUUAGAUGGUAUCUUGGUUACUACUACAGGGGCGAAAAGAAAGUUGCCGCUUGAUCUGCUUGGUCUUUCCCUUAAUUUUUUUUUUUUUUUUUUUUUGUCACAAGUCUUUCCCUUAAUAGUUACUAGAGCAUUCUUGUGUUAACUCGCAAUUUGACACACGUAAAAGAAGAAACAUUA